AUGACACCUCCAACAACACCGAAUUAUGGCGUUAAAUUUCCAUCACGUAAAGAAAGAACAGUCAAACGAGUUACGAAAUGUGAAACACGAGAAAUUCAAAAACGUCUUGAACCACCACCACCACCAAAGCCUGUUCGUGUUCGUCCACCUCCAAAACCUAAAACACCGAAAACAAAAUCCAAACCACCAGCUACACUUUCGAAACCAGUGAGACCUCCAAGUAAUGCUUCAUCACGUUCUAAUGUACGUCCUACAACAUCAAAUUCAUCGAAACAAAAAAUACUUUCUACAUCACGUACUUUACAAGCACCUGAUUUAGAGAAAUUAGCUCGUUUAAAUUGUUCACGUGAAUUUAGUCUUUUUCAUCAAUAUAUUAAAUCUGAUUUGUCAAAAUCUUAUGAAAAUCAAUUAGGAUUUUUACAAACAAAAUUACAACAUUUAAAAAAUGAAUUUACUAAUAAACAAGGUGAACAUCUGAAUUUUGAACAAAUAAAAGAAUAUUAUAAUCAAGCUGUUCAAGAUCAUAUACGGCGUCAAAUUAAACCAGAUGAAUAUGUAACAUUAGCUGAAAAAUUUCGACAAGAUAUAAAAGAAGCAAUUGAUAAAUGGCUUCGCAAAAAAGAAUUUAAACCACCUAAACAAGUAACAGAGUUUUUACAACGACGCCAAGAACGUAUACGAGAUCAAAUCAAACAAACAAUCGAAGAACAAAAAAAACAACAACAAUUAGCUAAACAAGCUGAAAAUACAACUGAAAGUAGUAUUACAAUAACAUCAACAAUAAAAGCUGAAAUACCGACAACAGUAACAGUAGAAGAUGACGAUAUAAUGAUAAUUGAUUAG